ACCACGCCCUGGGAUAUUUUAAAAUUGUGCCCGUUUUUAAAUGGAAAACCGCAAGCCAAUAUCCUCUCGUUACUCGACCGGGACAGUCGUUUAAAAUUAACUAUCUAAUUAACCAUUAAAGCAAUAAAUUAACUUAACAAAUUAACUUAAUUUAAGUAAGAGUGAAAUGUGUGUUGCAAUACAGUGAACGAUGAAAUUUAAAUAUUUCAAUGUGAAUUAAAAAAAUAAAACAAUGAUGGAACGUCAGAAUUCAAAUUUAUACCCGUCGAAUUUAACGGAUCUUUUAGCUGUAUCGGCUUACCAGCAGAAUGUGGAUCGACUAUCGGCUAUAUCCGACGGCGAUGAGAAAUACAGCGGCGAUUACGCGGACAACGUUGAGCGAUUUACGGAAAACGUCGACCGAUCAUCAUCGCCGGUGUCAACCUUGGACGACGGAGACAGUAGCCAAUCGGCUUUUGGAGUCGAUUUGACUGGCAAAGGGACUAAUUUAGCAGGGAAAUCUUUUACUAUUGCGGCCAUUCUUGGUUUAACGAAUUCUGAGGAGGACGUAAUGAACCUGAGUGUUCAGGAACGGUUGCAGCAGAAUCAGAGGCAGCUGCAGAACUACUUGUAUGCUGGCCAUGAUGUGCAGAGGAUCAACGAGGGUUUCUGCAGGAGUAUGGUCGGAGUGCCGACGGGGAUGAGACAAGACAGUCCACGGCCAGAGAUGAGACCACAGGUGGGACAGAUGAAGACCUCCAGAAGUCAUUCUAUGACGUGUUCUAACAGUUCCGGGCGAAGUAAGAGGAUACGCACAAUAUUCACUCCGGAGCAGCUGGAGCGGCUCGAGGCAGAGUUUGAGAGACAGCAGUACAUGGUGGGGCCGGAGCGGCUGUACCUCGCGCACGCGCUGCAGCUCACUGAGGCACAGGUCAAAGUAUGGUUUCAAAAUCGCCGCAUUAAAUGGCGGAAACACCACCUUGAAGUAACACAGCAACGAUUAGCUGUGCUGCAAAGACAUCAGCCACACGACAGAGAUGACGACAUCUAAAACACGACGCCUACACCCACUACAUAACGGAAAAAGUGCGAUUUCAUAACGGAAAAGUUCUACUUUUAACGGAAAAAGUGCUAUUUCGUAACGGAAAAGUUCUUUUUUAGCUGAAAAGUGCUAUUUCGUAACGGAAAAGUUCUACU